AUGGAGGUGGAUCUCGAUGGGGGAGAAGAGGUGAUUGAAGAUGGCCAAGUUGAUGAAUUAGAUGAACGAUUCUCUUACAAUCGCCAAUUAUCUACUGACAGUUUCAGUCUAAAUAGAAAUGUUGCCGAUGUUAAUCGAAGUAACCAAGUGGAAAAUUCAUUGUCUUUGGCAAACAAUUUAUCAGGCAGUAAAGCGCCUUCUACUUCUAAUACUACAAAUACUUGGCAAAUGCAUGAUAAUAGUGUUGGUGGACAGUUCAACAAAUCAAUUUCCGGCACAAAUAUUAAACAAGAAGCAAACAUUAAUUCUUUCACUGAGCCUGCAAUUACAUCUCGUUCAUUUACAUUUCCUUCAAAUAGUCCCCCAGAUAUUAUAUCGUCGAACAGUUUUAGAGGUGGUAGAAGUGCUUCGAAUGCAAAGAACAACAAUAAUUCGUGGCUUGCUACACAACCAAAAUUAAAUGCAAAAUCGAAGAGUGGUUAUAUUCUAUUUUCUGCUGAAGUCCGUAAACGUGUUAUGAAUGAAAACCCUUUGGCUGGCUUUGGAGAAGUUUCAAAAAUUGUUGGAAUUGAAUGGAAACGUCUCUCAGAUGAAGAUAAACGUGAUUAUGAGAGUCGUGCUCAAUUCAUUGCUGCUGAACGUGCGAAGGCAGAAUUGUUGACACCAAACAGACAAAUUCGUAUUUAUUGCUGCCGCUGGCAACAAUGUGAUUUUCAAUUUGAUACUCAGGACGGACUUUACGAACAUAUCCGUACUUCCCACACCUCUAAAUUAGAUAAUGACACUCAAUUUGCUUGUUUAUGGAAUUCCUGUCUAAAAUAUCGUAAAGAAGGAAAACCAUUCCCUUCAUUGAAUAGAUUAAACAGGCAUCUGAAAGAAAAACAUUUGGCUUCAGCAAUGCGUUUGGUAUUUCCAAAUCAAAGGGCAAAAAACUUUUUUGUUUACACUCCUGUGAAGCAAGAAAUUUCCUCUUUUCCGUCCACUUCAAAUGGCGGUUCUCAUCACUACACAAAAGGGGGACAUAAUAACAAUUUAAAUGAGACCCAUGGCCAUUUUGUACAUUAUCCUUAUGGAGACGUUCCUGCAAAUCCUGUGGCCUGUGAAGUUGCGACUCCACUUUCUUUUGGAACGGAUAACAAUGCUUUAUCUCACCUUGGAGCAAUUAAGCGACGGGGGAAUGGUAGUCACCAUCAUUCACACAAUGUUACUGGAACUUCAAUUCAAAAUAUGCCUGUAACUUCCUCCUCAGUUUCUUCAACUCCUAGGGCAGGAAGCACUUCUGCAUUGUUGAAUGGUGCAUUACCUUCACCCUCGGUCAACAGUACUUACAGCAAUUCUGGUACAUCUACAUACAAUUAUUCUAUACAACAACAAUCUCAAAAUCAGCGAAAUCAGCAGACUUCGAAUCAACAAAAUAUAACCCAGCAAACAGUGUAUAUACCGCCAGGCCAACAAGCAAUUAUUGUGAAUGGUGUCACUGUUUAUAUUCCAAGCAAUGCCCAAACGAUUAUUCUUCCUCCUGGAUACACUGGACCACAACAACAACAUCAGAUUGUGGUGCACACACAAUCAACUCAACAACAUUAUACACAACAAAUAGCUCAGCCAGCUAGUAGCACGCAGUCUUAUUCGAAUACAAAUGUAACGUCUAUUCAACAAAAAUAUCAUCAUAGUCCGGCUCUUCAUUCGACUGUGCCCUCUCAUUCCUCGUCCAAUACGCCUGCUUUUCAACAAUAUAACCAAGGUUUAUCUUCAACACCACCUCCUAUACAAUCCUCGUCUGGUUCUGCAGUGCAGAAUGUAACAACAAAUGUUAUACAAAGUUAUCAGAGUCCCCAACACUAUACUCAUUUUGAUCAGUCUUCUGCCUCUUCAGUCAACCAACAUCGUUUGGCCGAUACACCAUCUACUUCGCUUGCAUUUCCUUCUGAAAUUCAAAAUACGGAUCCUGGCAGGUCUGUUAUUUCCACGACAUCAAAGCAGCAAGCAUUGUCGGAACCAUCUUUCGUCUCUCCUUCGACGUCCGUACAGGUGCGGCGAGUUGUUCACUCUGAAGCAUAUAUUAGGUAUCUCGAGUCAAUCCAUAAUUCGGGAGCUGGCAGACACCAGCGCAAUGUAAGCAAAUGGGACAAGACUUUAACUGCCUCGGCAAGAAAUACUGUUGUGCCAGAACAUAAGCGGUUGCCUUAUGAUUGGAUUAGGCACUCUUCAAAUGGUUCAAGUUAUAAAGAAGAUGAAAUUGUUCGGGCACUUUGGAAGCUUAGAGAAUAUCUUUUUGAAGACACUACAGGAAUUAAAAGAAACCAAGGGAAUGCUUAUGAGGCAGAAGCACCUGAACCACCUGGAUAUAAUUUAUUAUCGACAAUGGGCAAAACAAUUGAUGGAGCUAAGAACCUUAAUUUUGAUAAAAAGAAAUGUUGAAUUAUGUAGACAUGUUAAAUGUUUUUUACCUCUUUUUCCCUUUAAAAACUUUUUUUCUAAUGUAAGCU